CUAACUCUCUGUAAUUUUCUCCUCCCCCUUGUAGGCCUCCCCUUGGUCCCUCCUUCCCUCAGCAUUCAGCCUCAUGUGAGGACGGAGUGCUGCUGUUUCUGCUUCUGCUGCUGCUGCACAGAUUGAGCGGACAGCAGGAACCACAGCGGACUUUUGAGGAACUGGUGGAGUUCUCUCGUCUGCACGCUUUGCUCCAGGGAGGCGAUUCUUGAGGAUCAGCAGGGCCUCCGGGAAGGUUGCACUGAUCCCAUUUUGCGGCCCCAUGACCCAGGAGCAGGGAGCCAUGGAGCCUUCCGUGUCAACCGAGGUGGAGCCAAAAGAGCGGCGGAAAAUCCAGUUCGCCGUCCCGGCCUCGGCGGCCACCAACCUGGACCCCCGGCAAGUUGAGAUGAUUCGGCGAAGGAGGCCGACGCCCGCCACCCUCUUCAGAGUAGCCGACCAGGCGUCGCCCGAGGAUGACCAGUCCAGCCAUCAGGUAAAGUGGGUCGUCGGGGAGAACGGCGUCCUCAAACCAAAGCGAGUUAAUCCAAAUGUGUACCAGCCGCCAUCACUCAAAGCUGUGCAGAAGAUGGCCGAGGCACACAUGCAGAACUUUGGCGUCCGCCCUCCUCUGGAGGACCCUCACGAGGGCGAGGAGGAUGACGACCUCGAAAAAGCUGCUGACCACCAGGAGAUGGGGACCAGCGACCCGUCAGAAGUGGCUCCCGGCGCUCAGGAGACGGAUAAGCUGAUCCAAGCAUUGCACGUGGAGGAGGAAGAGGAGGAGGAGGAGGGGGAGGUGGGUGAAGGUAGAGAAGGCCGGGGGACGACGGAGGAGAACAAAUCGUUGGGGAGUAACUGAGGAAAUACACAUUUGAUAUCAACUAACAGGACUGCACAGUUCACUUGCCUCCCUUUUGCUUCUGAAACCGACGUCAGUGUGACUUCAUGAAGAGCAGUCUAAACAUUAACCUUUUAGCUACCGACACUAAAGUCACAUCCUUGCACAGAAACAAAGCCGUUAAAUAUGCGCUGGGAUGUCCCAUUGCAAAACGACACCUGUUUUGAGUACUGUGGAACCUCUAACAUAAUCUAUGUGUGUGGUUUUUGAAACCGUCUUUCCCCAUUGUAAGUAAAGAAAACGGAAUUCAUAUGUUCCAAGGGCCGUACCCAUUCAUGCAUCAUUCGUUCUUGCCACGUUAAGUUGGCAAUCGAACUAGAAAAACAAUUAUUUUUAAAAAACAUUUUUUAAUUCAUUCCCUGCUGUGGACAUUUAUAUUUGUCAAUUGGAAUCCAAACGUUUACUGCCACCGGCAUAUACUCGGCAAGUACGUUUUUCAAUGGGUUGGUAUGGAAGAUCUCGCCCUGCUUGUCUGCGAGAUUCAGGUGCCUAAACAACUGUAAAGAAUAACAGAUCCGUGUAGAUGGCGGUGUUGCAUCGCUUUGAAUUUGAGAUCAGCACUGCUUUUGAGUAGAAGACAAAGAUUAGACGGUGAAUCACAGCUUGUCACGUCAAUUAUGAGGGAGAGAAAUGCCAACACGGAAGUCGGACAACUUUAGGCACCUCACACUCGAACAGAGUACGUGUGGUAUACACAGAGUACGUGCCACGGUUGGUAUUAGAAAGUGUGUGUCGCGAUCGUGAGCAAGGACAGCACAGUUAAUGGAGUCAAUGACAAAUAUAGAUAUAAUACAGACAGUUCCUGGCUUAUUAUACAAUGGUUGAAAAAAGAAAGAACAUUUCAGUGAUUUGCCCCAAGUAGUCCACGCGUUGUGUUCCGUGUAAACAGGAAUGAGUUCAUGCGAUUGAACAGACAAACUGUUGCCGAAAGCAAUUGUCUUGUCUUCCUGUUUUGCAUUUUUGAUGUAAUCCUAAAAUUUUAAUUAGAUUUAAAAAAAAAAAAGACUCAUUUUUAUUUUUUUUUUUAUUUUCAAUUGCUAAUUGAAAAUGGAAACGCAGAUUCCAACUGUCACCACCAGGAAGUGUUUUUAGUCACAUUUAAGCAUCUUAACAGUCAUACAAGUAUCCAGCACCCCCCGCCCCCCUCGCCCCACCCUGGCUAAUUUGGACAUAUUCUAAACUCUCGCAAGGUUUGUUGCCUAUAGAGGUUCCACUGUACAGUAUUUUCAAACAUUGGCCUUUUCCACCACUUAAUAUGCAUAUACCACCAUCUAGUGGCUACCAGUAAUGACAAAUUAUCAGCUGCAAUUGUAUCCAUUCUUAUUUUUAAUGAAAACAUUUCAAACAAAGAAAAAUAUCAAACGAAAGAAACACUGUGUUUUCAGUAACACACCAAAAAUGUGUAACAUUAGCACGGCGAGUGUUCAGUUGUUUGGUUUUUGGUAAUGGACCUUUAAAGGGCGAAGCUACCUCGCAUGUUCUCCAAGCCGAUAUCACGUCACCAAAUCUUUUGGUUCCUUUUCUACUCAUCUUUUUAACGCCACCAGACAGGUUUGCGAUUGAACGGAUCAUAGAAACAGUCACCAUGGUUACCAUUUGACUGAGAUUUUCAACAAAACUCCCCUUCACACCUUUGCGCUGCUGUUUGUAAAAAAAAAAAUAAUAAUAUAAAAAAAACACAACUUUUGAACAAUCUAAUGACUGGAUGAUGAGGAAGUCAUGUAUUUAGACUUUGAUUUCCUCCUACUUACUUUCUCCUCAUCCUCUUCCUUUUUCUCCGGUCCAAGGGAUGUCUGAGCUCACCCCUCUUUAUUUUGAUUGUUUUCCAUUGAUUCGUUUUUAAAUGUGAUUGCUGGUGGUUGUUUUUAAGUGACCAAGUGUAAAAAACAAUGUCAGAGUAAAACACUUUUUCCCUUA